CCUGGCGGUGUGGAGCGCUCUGAGGGGGCGGGCACUCCUUGUAGGAGAGGGCUUCGCCUUUUAAGUUGGUUUGGCUGCGUUGAGCCAAGAGUUCGGGCUGGUAGCGCGUUAAGGCGAGCGGAGGAGCCGGCUGGGCAGGGAGAGGUCUGCUGUGCGGAGCUGUUGUGAAGCGGGGAUCUUCUCCCUGGAUCCCGGGAUUGUGAGCGGCUGCGGGGCUCCUCCCCUCCGUCCCUCCCUUCUUCAGUGCCUGCCGCCCUCCGAGCUGCCUCAUGUUCGGGCUGGAGAAGCCGCCGGGGCAGCAAAAGCUGGACAGGAGCGGUGGGUUCCCGAAUAUGGCGUCUGUGGGGGAUUUUAACGUGCUCAGCUCCAGUAUCCCGGCCACCAAGGUGGAGCUCUCCGUGUCCUGCAGAAAUCUUUUGGACAGAGAUACAUUUUCUAAAUCUGAUCCAAUCUGCGUUUUGUACACACAAGCCAUUGGAAACAAAGAAUGGAGAGAGUUUGGAAGAACAGAAGUAAUUGAUAAUACUUUAAAUCCAGACUUUGUAAGAAAAUUUAUAAUGGACUACUUUUUUGAAGAAAGAGAGAAUCUGCGGUUUGAUUUCUACGAUGUUGACUCCAAGAGUCCUAAUCUAUCAAAACAUGAUUUUUUGGGACAAAUGUUCUGUACACUUGGAGAAAUAGUUGGAUCACAGGGGAGCAGACUGGAAAAACCAAUUACAGGCAUCCCUGGGAAAAAGUGUGGAACUGUCAUCGUAACAGCAGAGGAACUGGGCUGUUGUCGAGAUUCAGUUUUAAUGCAGUUUUGUGCGAACAAACUAGACAAGAAGGACUUCUUUGGGAAAUCUGACCCUUUCCUGGUAUUUCAUCGAAGCAAUGAAGAUGGCAGUUUUACAAUCUGCCACAAAACAGAAGUCGUAAAAAAUACAUUAAAUCCAGUGUGGCAGGCAUUCAAGAUUUCUGUCAGAGCCCUGUGUAACGGAGACUAUGACCGGACAAUUAAAGUAGAGGUGUAUGAUUGGGAUAGAGAUGGAAGUCAUGAUUUCAUUGGAGAAUUCACAACAAGUUACAGGGAGUUAUCAAGAGGGCAGUCUCAGUUCAACGUGUAUGAGGUAAUAAAUCCAAAGAAAAAGGGAAAAAAGAAGAAAUAUGUUAACUCUGGAACAGUUACACUGCUUUCCUUCCUCAUUGAAACAGAAGUUUCCUUCCUUGACUACAUUAAAGGCGGAACGCAAAUCAACUUCACAGUAGCUAUUGACUUCACAGCCUCAAAUGGUAACCCUUCACAACCUACUUCACUGCACUAUAUGAAUCCCUAUCAGCUGAAUGCAUACGGCAUGGCACUGAAAGCAGUAGGUGAAAUUAUUCAGGACUAUGACAGUGAUAAAAUGUUCCCAGCUCUAGGUUUUGGAGCUAGACUGCCUCCAGAUGGAAGAGUAUCACAUGAAUUUGCAUUGAAUGGAAACCCUCAAAAUCCAUACUGCCAUGGCAUUGAUGGUGUAAUGGAGGCAUAUUAUAGAAGUCUAAAAUCAGUUCAGCUUUAUGGACCAACAAACUUUGCCCCUGUAAUUAAUCAUGUAGCCAGAUAUGCUGCUUCAGUUAAAGAUGGCUCCCAGUAUUUUGUUCUUCUCAUUAUUACAGAUGGAGUUAUUUCAGAUAUGGCUCAGACGAAAGAAUCCAUAGUGAAUGCUUCAAAGCUUCCAAUGUCAAUAAUUAUAGUGGGAGUAGGGCCAGCAGAGUUUGAUGCUAUGGAAGAACUGGAUGGUGAUGUAGUCAGGAUUUCUUCAAGAGGAAAGUUUGCAGAAAGAGACAUUGUGCAGUUUGUGCCAUUCCGGGAUUACAUUGAUAGAAGUGGAAACCACGUGUUAAGCAUGGCGAGACUUGCUAAGGAUGUUCUGGCUGAGAUUCCAGAACAGUUUCUGUCCUACAUGAGAGUCAGAGGAAUAAAGCCAUCACCUGCACCACCACCCUAUACACCUCCUAUUCAUGUGUUACAGACUCAAAUAUGAGCGCUCCAAAGCGCUCAGCAUUUGUCACAAUUCAAGAGUCUCUGGAUGCAGCAGUAGCUUUUUGGAGCUAGAAAAAUUCUCUUCACAUACCAAAAUUCUUCAUAUGGUUGCAUGAGCAACUGGAAAGCUUUUAAAUGCUAGGAUCAAAAUGUUGAUGUUCUGAGUCUUUUAAUUUUGACAGAAGCCCUACUUUUUUGAUCUAUUUACUGGAGGGGAAAGCACAAGUCAGGAUUUCAACUCAGAAGAUAAGUCCUCUCUGAAUACUGUGUGUAUAUAAAUGUAUAGGAAUGCUAUUCCUCUGUAUCAAUGUUUACAUGUUACUAUUUUUAAAUUUCAGUACUUUUAUAAAUAUUCUUAAGAAUAAAAGUUUGGAAUAUUGAUUCACACAUCUUCAAGCUUGCAAUAGUUUGUCACAAGAUCACAGGAGAAGCAAUAUCUCUUUGAAUGUUUGUCCAGGCAAAUAGGGAUGGAAGCUAAGAAAAGGACACAUAGGUGUGUUUUCCAAUACCCGAGUCGCUUCAGUUGGUUCUCAGUAGUCUGCCCAUUUUACAGUCUGAGAAUAAGCUCCUAAAAUGAGAGUGUCAUAAUUACAUAUGACUUCUGACUAGGGCCAGAUUUGAAGGGGGAGGGAUGUGUAUUUUUUCAGAGAUUCUCCAGUUUCUAAGUUUAUCUGAGUUUACAGUUUUUUAAACUAGAUACUGAAGCAAAUUAGAAGAGUUACUUGCUAUAAGUAAUUAAAGAAAAUUACCUCAAAUCAGAACUUUGAGUGUUACAGUUGACUCACUGAGCUCAUUAAAUCUAACCAUGCAUUCCUUAAAGCAGUGGAAAUUUUGCAUCAGAAAAGUCUUUGGGAGUGAUUACAGCAGAUGUUUUAUAAUGGAUCAUUUUAAACUUAAUUUAAAAUUACAACAUUUUGUCUAGAUUGCCCAUUCAAAGGGAUGCUGGCUCUUAAUAUUUGGGUUUAUAUUGUCAUUUAAUCACAUUUCCAUUCAGGAUGCAUGAAUGAUAAUGUUAAUUAACUGGUUUAAAAAUUGCACAACCGUGUCGCUUUGUGCACAAUUUUGUGUACUGAACUACCCAAAAAUUUUAUUAUAUGCCUGUUCAUAUAUAAUUAUGAAAUGAUUUUGCAUGUACAGUUUUUACAAAAUACACAGUUUUGUGAGUUUGCGUCAGAUAUAUUUUAUUUAGAACUGAUGGCCUUAAAUUUCACAGAACUCCUGAAAUGAUUGUGAGUUGCCUUCAAAUCCUGUUCAAACAGAACAUUUCCAAUCUUCUGUGUGUCACGGCUGUAACUGUCCUGUAAUGUGACUUCUUUUAUUCGCAUAUAACCCGUUUACUACUUCUGUUUCUUACUGCCGUAUGUGGUAAUGUACACUAUGAAACUACGGUGCGUUUUUUAAGCAUGAAAAGGUUUUUUUUCCACAAAGUGUAUCUUCAAUAUUAACGACAUAUAACUAUGGAAAUGCAGAAUCUUCCAUUUUUAAAUAUAUUGAAAUUCCUUCAGUCUCAUGCAGGAAAUUCCUUUUAUUUUUUCUUUCUUUUUUUUUUUUUUUCCAAGAUAAUUAUCUGUUAGUAAAAAAAAUAAUGACUGUAAAAAAAAAUUUAAAAGUGUUUUUUGGGUAAAAAAAAAUAAAAUUAAAUUAAUAUUGUUUUAUUUUUUAUUUCAAGAUGGUUUUUACAUAAAUAUGGACUUUUAAUUUUCUCACCAAAAUAUGUAUUUCUUAGUGGAUUGAUGUUGCAUGGGUGACAUUUGAUACCUGACAAAUUUUGAUGAAAGUGCAUCAUAAAGAAUAAGUUUAAAUCUA